UGGUGUCAGUGGUGGCAGUGGUGGUGUCAGUGGUGACGGUGGCGACGAUGGCGGUGGUGGUAAUGAGGAGGACAAGGUGGUGGUUGUGGCUCCUCCUCCCUUGGCCUCCUCUUCUUCCUCCUCCGGGAAAUCAUCGACUUCCCCGGCUCCUCUGAGCAGCAGGCGUCUCAACUUCCGCUACUCGAAGGAGCGACUGAUGCAGAUCAAAGAGCUGAGUCCUGCAGCUCAACUGCGCCCCAAGUGUCUCCGUGACAAGUUUGACUGCGAUGGGGUGUGGGACCCCGAGCGCUGGCACGCAUCCCUCUACCCCGACGGGGAGCCAGCCCCUGCCCCCGCCCCCUCCGUUGGGGGGCCCGGGGCAGGCGCGGCGCUGGUGGGAGGGGUCCCCGAGGGGUUGGUGGGGGGCACGGCCACGGUGGGGGGCGGUGGCGGUGGGAAGAGGGAGCGCUCUCUGGACGGGGAGAGGGCGCUGGCGAAACGGCGAUCAUCCGAUCCCCGUGAAAGAAUCCGAGAGGAGGAUGACAUCGAGGUUGUGCUGAGUCCGCAGAGACGGAGCUUUGGCAGCGGCUGCCAGGUGAACCCCGUGUCUCCCCUCUGCGGCCCGGUAGUCUCCGGUCGACCGGCCGGCAGUCCCCUGGAAGCCGGAGAACACCUUGGUGCAGGGGAGAGGGCCCUCCUGGGUGGGAGAGGAGGAGGAGGUGGUGGAGGUGGUGGAGGAGGUGGAGGAGGUGGAGGAGGAGGAGGAGGAGGUGGAGGACUCUCCACCGUUGAUCGUCGCCCCGUUGGGAGUGGCAGGGUUCUGAUCAAAGCUCUGGAGCGGGAUGGGAGGGACCUCCUGAUGAGGGAUGGGAGGGAUGGAAGGGA